AUGAGUGUUCACAGAAUUGGAGAAAUCCACGAUGAGCCCAGAAUCUUAGGAGGAGUCCCCGAGGAGUUCCAGAACUUGAGGAGGAGUCCACGAGGAGAACAGAACUUGAGGAGGAGUCCAGGAGGAGCCUGGAGGAGUCCUGGAGGAGCCUGGAGCCUGGAGGAGACCACGAGAAGCCUGGAGGAUGAGACCAGGAGGAGCCCACAACCGGAGGAGGAGUCCUGGAGGAGUCCACGAGGAGACCAGAAGUGGAGGAGGAUGAAUUCACGAGGAUCCUGGAGGAUGAGUCCACGAGAAGCUUCCAGCCCAGAAUUGGUGAAAUCCAUGAUGCGCCCAGGAAAAGAGGAGGAGUCCACGAUAAGCGCACGAGGAGAACAGAACUUGAGGAGGAGUCCAGGAGAAGUCCAGAGAAGCUGGAGGAGUCCUGAAUCCUCGAGAUACGAUCAUCCCACAACUGGAGGAGGAUUCCUGGAGGAGUCCGCGAAAAGCUUCCGGAUGCUAGAAUCGCAGAAAGAGAGUCCAGGAGCCCAGGAGCGAUUGAAUAUUAGAGUCGGAGAGUUUCUCUGCGCGAUUGGAUCAGAGAUCAGUGUUUCCUUGAAAUUCGACGACUUGCACUCGAUAAGUAUGAUUUUUCUGCCAGAAGAUCAACCAGUUAAUCAAGAUCCUAUUCCUGUUCCAUUGCCACUGGCCUUCAGAUUUACCACUGACGUUGGGCAGAGUGGUGAAACUAAGGAGACUCAUAGUUUCCAAAACAUGCCCAGUUUAAAAGAGUUUUUGGGUCAUCUUUCCACGAUUUUCCAUUGUAAAAAUGUUGCCAUUUUGCCCCUCCACGGAUCCGAACAAUAUACGCAGGACUCUUUAAAGGAAUCGUUCGAAAUAUGUGGUGUGACACAACUUGUCAUGACUACAUACUACGGUAACAAAAAUCAUGUCAUUAACAUUCUGAAAACAUUCUUGCCUGUAAGAAUUCUGUCUUUGGAUAAUAAUCCUUUUGAAUGUAAUUGGCAAUUCCGGAAGAGUGUCUUAAAGUACAAACUGGAUGCACUUCAACUGUGGGCGAAGACUUUGGAUGCAUACGAAAUAUUGUUUGAUAUGGAUAUCAAGCAGAUCGAUAUUCUAGCUGUACAACAGUUCUCACCCAAACUCAACUUUUUAAUAAGAAAAUGGAUAGAAGGAGAGACGAAUGUGAAUUUGGAGUCAUUGGUUAUGCAGUUUCAAGAACACGAGCUGUCGACCAACUAUCAAGAGACGAUACUCAGCGGAAUCGAGCAUCAAGUGGUUUCCGAGAAGGAAGAAUUCGAACCGACAUGUAAAUCCAUUCCGUGGGAACUUUUGGAUUCGGUUGUUGCAAUGUAUGAUAUUAGAAGAAAGACGGACGGAAGGAGAGCGACAAUCAAGUUUGAUAGAUUCAGUAAGGCCAUUCGGUUCAAGUUGAUUGUUUGGAAAUGA